AUGUCUAACCAGUCCACUAUGGACGUGGCCCAGCACCAGCUGUUCCUCGCCUCAUUCAUCCUGGCGCUGGGCGGAUACUGGGUUAUUUUCCCAAUCGUUGAGCGACUGGUGAAAAUUGCCCAGCCAGAAUGGUAUGAGAAGCACAAGUCGGGAGAGCUUCGAUACAAGGUGCUCUUCCCAGUGAUGGUAAUGCUUAUCCGCUCUGUCAAUGGCACGCUUGUUACUUUCCCGGCGUGUGUUAUGGCAGCUCGCGAGGCGAAAUGGGAGACCGGACAGACUAUUACGACGGCUGGCCACGUAUGUGUCAUCUCCCAGAUUGUUCCCUGGGCUAGUGAGCUUCUCGUCUGGUACGAGACCUCGACUGAGCUCUACCUGCACCACGUUUUCUGCACCCUCCUCUACUUCAACACCGUUGCGAUGCCUAGCCUCCAUAUGAUCAAGCCUCUCUACGUUCAUACGGCCACCCAGCUUGGCGACAUCGGCUUGACCGUCAACAAAGUCUUUAGGAGUUUGGGCCACAGGCAACAGACUUCCCGCGUUCUCUACGUUAACAAGCUCUUCCAGAUGGGUACGGUCUGUACCAUUAAGAUUCCCUUCAUGUUUUACGCUUUGGGUCGGAUCGUACAGACACCAAACGGCAUGUGGGACCUGAUCCGGGCUGCCUGUCUGCUGUUCCUCACUGGCUAUAGCAUCCGUACGCAGAUCGUUAGCUUCUACUACAUGAGGGUCGGCAUCCAGCCUCCCAAGGGACCAGUCGGGCUCCUGUUUCCGCGCUCGGGCGUCUUCAUUUCUCGCUACAACUUCGCGCUGGCCGCGUCUGUAGCAGCCGCCAUCGUCGUCAAAGUCCUGCUUUACGCCAACAACCUGAGCCGCCCCAUUGGCGCACACGAGCAUGCCCGAGUCUGGAUUGAAAGCGCCACCUCCGUCACCGCACUGUACCUGCUCAUCAGCCUCAGCACGAUGCUCUGGAAGCGCUUCUUGAACGGCGAGCAGGUCCUGUCUGAGGGUUAUCGGUCCGUCAAGAGGGGCGAGCUGUUCCUUCGCCUGGGUGCGUUUUUGACCGCAGUCAUGAUCCAUGGCCGCAACACCGGCAAUCUGAUGGCAAGGACCGUGGGACUCUCCAGCCAAGCUCUGUCCACCGCGAUUGUUUUCACAUUCCUGGGAUGGGACCUCUACGUCCGCCUUGCCAUCUGGAUGUCUGUCGGAGAAGAAGCCAGGGGAGAGCAGGGAGACGAGUCCGCCGACGCCAAGGACGGGAAGGCUGUCGCCCCCCAGAAGCCAUCAAGAGCCGCUGCCGAUCAUGCUAUCGCGGCACGCCAGUUGCGCAUGGUCUGGGUCGACAUUGCCAUUAUCACUGCUGGCCUGUUCCUUCCUAACCAUUUCACCACACUCGAGAAGAGCUACACUCUGUUCUUCACCCAUGGUCUCGUUCAGGUCCUUGAUGAGAUGAUGUCUCAGUACAGCAAAGGAGGUAUCCGUGAUAUCAUGGUUGGGGGCAGCCCUUACCGUACCUUCGCCUCCCUCAAGCUGGCCUUGGCUGUCGGACAGAAUGUGCUUGCUUUUGCCGCCGUCUGCGGUGAACUGCGCAAGGAGCGGGAACAAUGGAUCCUCUGGGCAUCGCUGGCCGUUGCCCUCUUCUCCCGCAUCUCCAGCUACAUCGUCAUCCCCUCCUCCAGGAAGGACGCGGCAGCAAAGUCGUCAACCCGGACCAUGGUUCCUUCUGGCCCGCCUACUCUGGCGAAGCGUCUCGCCCGUGUUUUCAAGACCAUCUUCACCUCUCCUGAAGUCUACUCAGUCAUGGUUGUUACCGCCAUCGAGCUGUUUUCCCUCAUGGAACUAAUGAAGGGGCAACAUGUGAAACCACAGGCCACUGUCGGUUUCGAAAACAUCAGGGCGGUCUUGGUAACCCCUGUCGCGGUGGCCAGCAACCUUGUUGCCACGACAAUGGUGAUGACAUCCAUCGUUCUUCCUUCCAAAUAG